AUGGAGGAGGUGGAGGUUGAAGAGGAAGAGGAGGAGGAGGAGGAAGAAGAGGAGGAGGAAGAGAAAAAAGAGGUGGUGGCGGUGAAAGGGUCGACGAGGCCCAAGGACCCCGAGUUGUUCUAUGAGUACUUGUGGAAGGACAUGGACCUAGGUGACGGCAAUGAGGACGACUCGGUAGGGGUCCGAGCCCGCUUAACCAGCGUCGUCAGCCCCAGCCUGAGCCCGACGCCGCCGAGGGCCAGCGAGACACAGAGCGAGACGAGCACCCAGACGCUGAGAGAGAGCCCACCCUCGAGCACCUCCUCCCAUAAAAGUUUUCCUAAAAUAUUUCAGACAUUUAGGCAAGACAUGUCUGAAAUAAAUUUAGAUAGAAGUAUCUAUCACGGUUUGUAUCCAGGAAUUCCAAUAUCAGUACAAACAGAAGAAAGUUGGCUUCAACAAUUGUCCAGUAAAAAGCCUAGUAAAACAGCCUCUGCGGAGAAGAAAGGUGAACCCGAAUGUCUAGCAUCUAAGUUAAGAGAAAAAUGGAUAAUUAAUCCAGAAGAGCCAAAACUAAGUAUUUUAUAUGAGUUGGAGUUCAAGGAAGACUUCGUAACGCUAUUUGAGCCUUCUCUAAGAACAUUACCUAGCGUCGGGCCACCAGCCAUUCUGGCCUACAAAGAAGAGAGUUCCAAUUUAGACACUAACUUCAAGGAUGAAGAGGAAGAGAUACCACCUGAGUGUGAAUUUUGUGGAGGUGAUCUAAGAGCAUUUUUUUCCAAUGUGGACAUUUGCUGUGACUCUGAACCAAUAGCACCUGCCUGCUGUUGUAUGCCUUUCCAAAAUCUGAUUGACUAUAUCUAUGAAGAAGAAAAAAAUAUCAAAAGCUCUAAAGCUGAAUUAAUCAGUAUUAAACCUCAUGCAGCCCACGGCAAUGAAGUUGAUAGACUCAAGGCAAAGGAAAAAGCCCUGGAGAGAAAACAGGGGCGACAAAUGGCCAGACAUUUUGCAAUAAUAUCGAAUGAACAGUCUCAUUUCUCUGAAGAAGAUUCAAAGCACUUAAAAACGAUUUCUUAUCAACUUUCCGUGGAUAUUCCCCAAACAGAGACACCUAAUGACAUACCAUUUGAUUUUCAACUAACCAACAGUAACAUGUCCAUUGUUUGUUGUGAUUCUAGGAUAGCAUGUGGAAAGAUUGUGCAAAACGAGCUCUUACAGAAGCACUACAAACAUGGGAGCAAGUUUCUGACUUCAUUUCCAGAUGGGACAACGCAAAUAUUCUAUCCAUCUGGAAACCUAGCCAUCAUCCGAGUGCCCAGCAAGACAUAUGGUUUCACAUGUAUAGUCCAAGAAGAUGUGCCCACCAACCCUGCCAUCCUGGCAGUGCUGGAUUCCUCUGGCAGAAGUUCCUGCUAUCACCCCAACGGAAAUGUAUGGGUAUACAUCAAUAUCUUGGGAGGUCAAUAUUCAGAUCAAGCUGGCAACAGAAUAAGGGCUUGGAAUUGGUCAAGUUCCACCACUUCCUCACCAUUUGUUUCAUUUAAACCUGUCUUUCUGGCUUUGAACCAUCAUAUUGGAGUUCGCAUCUUAGAACAAGACAAGAUUUCUAUCACUUUUCUAGCAAUGGGCCAACAGGCAAGAAUCAGUGUUGGAACCAAAGUGAAGCUACCAAACCCCGAGGAGAUUCCAGUCCUCCGAUAUCUCAGUGGAGAUGACCUCAUUCUGCUGGCCAGUUUGAUAAAGAUUCAGCGCCUGUUUCAUAAACUUGAAGGAUGUGUGAAUUUUCCCUCAAGCCAGAUUUGGGAAAAAUUAAAGCAACCUUCCUACCUUUCCUCACUUUCUCUAAAACUAAUUACCCUCUGUCGCAAUUCUGGUAUAAACCAAGACACAAUGACAACAAUAACAAAUAUAAUAAAUGAAAAAAUUUAACUA